AUGAUGCGGUGCAGCUGCAUUCUGCGGGACAAGUCGAUGUUCGCGGCAAAGCGUCGCGUCAUUGUCCCUAUCCAUCCCACACCAAACUUCCCGGCACACUUUAUCAAGGCGUCCUUUACCACUGACCCGCUGAAGGAGAAGCAGAAGGCACGUUUUUCGUCCGGCGGUGAGGCGAUGCGGGAGGUGCAAAUGAUACCGAAGAACCUUGAGGGUGAACGAUCGCGGCGGGAACUCAUGUCGCGCGGUGAUAGCGAGUUUGAGGCACUCAUAGAGUUUAUCCAGGGUGCAUCCUACGAUCAACUGAUAUCGGGACGUCGCUUUAAGAAGGUGUAUGACAAACUCUCGGAAAACGACGAUAUGUUUGUUUGGCUUUGUCACACGGCGAUGUCGGUGCUGAAUCCGGGGGAUGUCCGUUCACGCCUGGUGUAUAACCACCUGCGCACACUCGCUGAGGCGGUCGCAAAUGGGGAGAUGACAUUGCGAACUGCCUUUCGAUUUUAUGAAUCCGCUGUGCGUAGCCCUGCAUACCGUGAAAUUGCGAAGCGACAACUAGAGAAUGGUGCAGCAACCCGGUUAGCGGGCAUUAGCGCCGCGGCGGAGGUGAUGCGGCGAAUGGGACUCACCCGACGCCCCAUGGCUUCGUACUUUGAGCUGUACCAACGCAUUGUGGAGCGGUCGGAGGCAAUGACACCGUGGGGAUUUCCUCCACUCUUUCAGUUUGAGGAGCGUCUUUCGCUUGAGCCGCGGCUAAAGUUCUUUUCGCGAGCAUCACAACAGGCACUAGAACGCCGCCGCCGCGGCAACAUCAUGUCUGCAUACACAACGCUGCAAGGUCGUCGUAUUUUCUGGAUCCCGCCCACAUGGAACCGCGCUGGCCGUUUCCUUGGUCCGCAUGUCACGCUGUACCCCGGCAUGACGCCUGAUUAA